GGGACACCAGAAAUGGCUUCAAAAAUUGUGCCCAUGUAGGGAAUCGAACCCGGUUAUUCAGCGUGACGAGCGAACGCUUUAACCACGAGGCUACCCCACCGCCCUCUUCAUAAAGAAAGUGGGGGGUUCUCGUAGGUCAACACGUUGUCUGAGAGCAACUGCUGAACUCGGGAGGUCAUCAACGACUACCGGAAGAACAACGGUCACAGUUGCCCGAUGAUUGAUUUGAAGCAGAACAAUCGCAGUCGGUUGUAACUAUGGUAAUUUGGUCCAGAGCACUAUCUAUAGACUUUGGUUUCAACAGCAUGGUACGUCAUAUAACCAACCUAUCACUGUCCACUUGGUACAAUGGUCCUGGGCCGCUUCGUACAACUGCAUCAAUCCUUAGAAGCAAUCCGAGGAUUACUGGAGGUAUCUGACUUGACAGCGCGGAACCCCCUUUUUGAGGCAGGUCGGUGUUGUUGUUAUGAUGCAACGUCACCUUCAAUGAAAACGUAAGAGGUGUCAAGCACGCAUUGAGUCGCACUGAGGCGAUGAACCAGAGAUGGAGAACUGUUUGGUGCAGCUACGAAUCAAGAUUUAUGCUGCGUCGAGGUGAUUGGAGGGAUACGGAUCUUUUUCACGAGAAUCCCACGGACGAAACCAUAGCGUAUAUAAACAGCCUCUACGCGGAAAAGAUACAGUUACUGGCAGACAAGGGUCUGUUGAAAACAAUGGGAAGAAGAGGAAAAUGUACAAAGGAUGCAUCUCCAGACGCAUGGUGUCAUGAUCCAAACUGCACCGAACAACUGCCUCCCGUGAACAGCCAAGAAAAUCUACGCAGCAUCCUUAAACCGGUGAUGAAACUGAGAGACGACGCCCUCAACCGCUUACCGGAAAUAUUUGGCGUAAAACAAGAACAACGAAAGUAUGUCUUCUUAAUGGCGGCGUCAGACAAUCACUACGUUGAGGCUCAGCAAACAAUACAGUCCCUUCAUGAAAAGGUCUUUCCAUUCAUAAGGAACUUCUCAUUCUACUUCUACGACAUUGGUUUGAAGAAGGAGCAGAGGGAUAUGCUGACGACAUAUGGGAAAGCUGUUGUCAAGACAUAUCCCUUCCGCCUUCUACCAUCACGGAUACAGUUCCUCAAAGGCUAUGCUUGGAAACCACUCAUGAUUCAGGCACACAUCAACACAGCUGAAUUCGUCAUAUACAUGGACGCGUCAGUCGUAAUAACAAAGAACCUUGACAAGAUGUUCGAAAAAGCGACGUAUACAGGCUUUCUGAUGUGCCCGGGCCACGCCUCAGUGGCACAGCACACGUCUCUACUGAUGUUCUCCUAUUACGGAGAUGCUCCUUGUACAUUUUCACCCUACACAGAAUACGAGGGGGGAUUUCUAGUUUUCCGCAAUGAACCUUUUGCUCUGAAGCUGCUCUUGGAACCCUGGGUCGCAUGCGCACUGGAUCCUCUCUGCAUGUGCCCGAAAAACAAUUUACUAAGUUGCCCCCGGAAACGGAAAUAUGGCAAAUGCCACAGGUAUGACCUCUCGGCGAUGACUAUAAUUCUGAUCAAGUUAUUUCGAGACAGAAUUUCAUCUUUCGACGUCCGAAGGGGUCAGUUUCAUACUAUAAAGCAAGGCAGAACACAUGUAUUUGAAUAUCUUGAACACCUACAGGCAACAGACACGCUCCAAUAGUGUCAGGAAUUAUGGAAUUGGCAUUUACAUGUCUGGGCAUGUACGUAUGUACGUUAACUACAACGUGUGUGCAUUUACUUAUUAGGGCAAGAAUAGCUACCAUGAAAUGACCAAAUCUUUUGAAAAGCUGGAUUGUUGUCAUUUCUGGUUACGAGAACACAACAGAGGUCAAUCAUUCAGAUGUUAAGGUGAAAGAAGGCGCUGCAGAACUUACAAGAUGAUUCCAAAAUUCUACAUAUAUCUUACUCAGGAAGAGAAUACAUUUACUUGUAUGACUGAUAUGUGGUCCGAAUCCUUUAGUGCCAUCGGUGGCCUAAGUGUCUAAGGCGCCAGAGUCCCUGUGUAAAGGCUGCCAUAGAGGCGUGGUAAGAGGGCCAAUCUGCGAAUUUCUAUAAAAGUGGUAUUAAAAGCUUGAAGGACAAAUGGAAUAAGUGUUUUGAGGUGA